AACUGUCAGGCUUUGAUAAACUUUUUUUUUGCUGCGUGACUGCGUGAGCCUUUACUUCUGUGUUGUCCCGAUUCGUUCCGAAGAAAUGCAAACAUUUAAAAGUUUACUGGACGGUGCCAGGAUCCAUCUCUACAGGAUGUUCGAUCGUGGGGAAUCAACUAAGUCUGAGGUUCUCAGAAUGAUAGUCUGCCAUGAACUUCCUCCCAUGAUCCCCUCGGUGCCCAGAAGAAAGGUCUCCUUUACCGAUGAUACUCUUAUUGAACAUGCCAUCAUAUCAGAAAAUGUAGCAGAACUGUCCGGAAUGUUUGACCGACAAGGAAGUCUCAGCCCAAAUUCCAUAAUCUUACAAGGAGAGAGCCCCCUACAUAUCAGUGUUAAAAAAGACAGACUUAACUCAACCAAGGUGUUAUUAGACCAAGGAGCCGAUGUGAAUCUUCAGGACGACGAAGGACAGACCCCACUGCACUACGCAAUAGCUAACGAUAAUAUCGAGUUAGCAGGACUGCUUAUUGACUCAGGAGGUGACAUGUUUUGUCAUGACGAUCACGGUAUUCUACCUACUGCCCUCUUCAAGUCUAGCUCGAUGAAAUCCUUUUUAAAUGAUAGGAUUUUCGAGCACACGUUGGCGAAUUUGUCAAAAGUUCUAAAUAAAUCAGACUCAGAUGACAGCACUUCUGAACAGGGUUGUAAGGGAUUUCGACGAGGCUUAAGUGAUUCUAAUUUGACGUACAUGACGAAUCAAAAGAGACGGAUCCGUUCCCGAACCUUCUCUGACAGCGGACUACAAAAACCAAAGAGUAUCCUGAAGAAAACCUCAGCGUAUGCUCCUAGAGUUUCCAAAGUUUUUGAAGCAGGAGAGAGCUCAACAGAGAGUUUGUUCAGUGUUGAACAACAGCAGGAAGAGAAGCGACAGAAGAUGUUGUCUAAUGAGCAGGAGUCUAUCAGGACGGACAGUAGUACGCCGACAGCCGGGCAUAAGAAUCGUAGAGGGAACUUUAUUGUCAGAGCCAUCUGGAGCACCAAGAAGAAAUUCAAAUUUAGUUUGAUCAAGAGGUGAAGAUUUACUGAGUGUGGAUCGGAUGUCGAUAUCAGAUAUGAUAAUGUGAAUGUUUAAAGAAAUUACCACCUGAUCUCUUUAGAAUAGUUCAUGUCCAUGUAAUGUUACAGUUACUACCAGAAGUAGAUGAACCGAAGAGAAAGUAUUGACAAUUAAGGUGAUGGUAACAUUUAGGAAUAGAGUGACUCUGACUUUAGCAGCAUUUAGUAGUACAGUGCUUGAAGAGACUCAGAUGUUUUUACGGCUCAUCAGAUCAGUUGGAUUUCAGAUGGAUUGAGAUUAGGGUUUUAAUGAGUGCUCAUUAAAAGAACUUUAUAUCUUACGGAACAUAUAUUAGGACAUUGACCUCCUAAUGCUAUUAACGUGAAUAAAGGGACCGUUAAGGUAAGUCAGAUGACAGAAUGUGUUGUUUCGUAAAGAUUAGUGCAAGAUAUUAGACCUUCACUAGUUUGUAGCUGUGUAGACUGUAGACUGUAGCAGUAGAUACAAAAUGUGCCCUUAUUGAAUUACAUUAAGUUAUGACAAUUAUUAGUAUCAUUGAUGAGAUGGUCCAAGGACCAAGAUGACACAUUUGUGACUGUUUCGAUUACUUUUCUUAUUACUUGAUGGACAUAUUAUAUUAGAGAAUAGGAAAGUUGCUUGAAAGUAAAACAAGUUAUGAGCGUAUUGCUUGUAAAUUUAGAAGUAGUCAUGGUGCCCGCACGUGAUGUGAUGUUGUAGAGAGA